UAUGUGGUUGGUUCUCAGCCAUGUCAUCUGCAAAAUAAGGAUCAGUGUGUAAUUAAAAUUGCAUAGUAUUUAUUAUAAUCAUGUAUGGACAGGGGCGUAACUGUUGGGGGUGUGUGGGGGGUGUGACACCCCCCCAAUUGCUGAAAACAGUGUUUUUGCAGGGCAUAUUGCCGUCAAGUGGCAGGGCAGUGUUCAGGAAGUAGAAAAAUUGACAUACCAUCGAAAACAACUAAUUGAUUACUAAGUGGAAAUAAUUCGAUCAUGGGAUAAGAUGAGAAGCGUGGGUAAAGAUAAAAAAGGAAAGAUGCAACAGCAUUUCUCUUCCGAAUCCCACAAAUUGCUUUGAGUGAUUUGGCACACUUUGCCUGCAAUAUGAAAAACGUCGAUGUAAUGUUGGAAAAGAAGUUAAGAGAAGUAAGAAUACAAGAAGAAGAAAACAAUUUGCGAAACCAAGAAGCCAUAAAGAUCCUUUUAGACAUCGCAAGAACAUUGGCACGACAACAGCUAGCUUUCAGAGGGCAUAAUGAAAAGCACGAGGGAAACUUUAUCCAAAUAUCAAAUCUUGUUGCCAGGCAUAACCCUAGACUUCAGUCAUGGCUGUCAGACAAGAACAUGAAACCUUAUUCAGUAAAAUACCUAUCACCUAUUUCACAAAAUGAGUUUAUUAGCCUUUUGACUGAAGACGUAAGGAAUCGCAUCGUAAAAGAUAUCGUUUCAUCUGAAAUAUACUCAGUCAUGGCCGACACGUCUCCUGACACUUCAAAUACGGACCGCCUCGUAGUGGCAGUGCGCUACGUUGACGAAAACAACGUGCCCAACGAGAGAAUACUGGAGAUGAAAGAAACAAGGAAUAAAACAGGUGAAGGCCAAGCAAAAGAGAUUCCUGAUUCCCUUAAAUCACGAUUACCUAUUUGUCACGGUGGGUUAGUGUAUCAGUCUUGCGACUACACUGCUUCAAUGUCUGGGACUUUUAAUGGAGUUCAACAACAUUUGCAGGAAAUGGUUGGACGCAACAUUCCAUACAUCCCAUGUCAAGGCCAUAGCAGAAGUUGUAAACGAGAUUCUAUGUUGCAAGAACAUAUGGAAAAAAUUGAAAAUGCUCUUAAAUUGCGCAAUCUCUCAAAGACGAGAUGGGUGUAUAGAAGUGAAUCAAUUGAAGCGUUAUGUUUAUGAGGUUUAUCAUGAGAAAGACCAAGAUCCUGACAGUACAGAUGCAGAAGCCAGAGCUCAAUAUCCUUGAUUGUCUUCAACUGAUUGAUGAAACUGUUAGAUCACUGGAAAGAAUACGGCACAAUGAGUCGGAAUUGAAUGACCAAAUAGAUGCGAGUGUUGAGUUUGCGAAGACUCUAGUCUCUAAUCCCGAGGAAGAGUUUGCUAGAAAGAGUAAUAAAAGAUCAAGUAGACGUUUGGAAAACAACCCUGACACUUUGGCAAUUAUGUCACUAAAAACUAACUAUCGAAAAUGCAUGAUUGAGGUCCUCGAUUCCCUCAUCAGAGAAUAUAGAGAUAACAUAAAAAGUUGUUUGAAAAAAAUAAAACCCUUAGCUGUUAUCCUUCAGCCUCCACUGACUAAACCAAAUUUUGAACAAGUUGAAAAGGUCACCGAACUUUUUCCUCCAUCAAUUAGCGUAGAUUGUAUGUCACUGUAUGCAGAACUUGAGAUUUUUGUUAACUUUGUAAAUGAGACAGAGAAAGAAUGUAAGACAGUCCACGACGCCGGAAACAGUGCUUUCAAAAAUAAAGAAAUUUUCCCAAACGUUUAUAAAUGUUACAAACUUCUGUUUACUGCUCCAGUAAGUGUGGCUGAUAUUGAAAGAUCAUUCAGCAAAAUGAAAAUUGUCAAGAACUAUUUGCGCUCAACAAUAAAAUGUGAAAGGCUGGAAGAACUCAUUGUCCUCUCAACCGAGAAGGAUUUAACAGAUACAAUUCAUCUGGAUGUAGUACUAAAAUCUUGGGCAGCCAGAAAAAACCGUAAACUCAGAAUAAAAUUUAAGUAAAAGCAACAUCUCAAGAGUACGUUGAGAUGAUUCUCACUUAAGACUCUUGAUAUGAGAACAAAUAUACAUUGUUUUACUGUUAUGUCCGAAACGGUUAAGGUUUAUAUUUCAAAAACAGGUUUUGUAAUAAUGUAUGUGUUAGAAACCUAAUCUUCGAUAAUGUUUACUAAUAAACAACGUAUGCAAUAAUAGAAAUGAUUAUAA